AUGCUCAACAAAUUGAACGCCAAAAGACAAGUCUCGCUAGGAAACCCAAUUCAAAUGAAGGAAACAGAAAGUGGUACAGAACGUAUAUUCCAAUUCAUUCCCAGUUAUAAGGAACAAGAACAACAGAUGAACGAGAAUGUUGUUGCAACCAAUAACGAUGACAUUAACUUUAAUCUCAAUUCGUUUAAGACACCUAAUAGCAUGGAUCCCUUUGAUGAGUCAUCUAACCCUGUUUUCGAUUUUGUUCAUAAUAAUUUAAAUAUGGGAUUAAGUUUUGUAGCACAAGGUACAAAAGUAAACGAUGAUGAUGAACAAUCUGAUGGUGUUGUUCUUAAGACUGAGGAGGAGCCUGGAUUGGGGGUUGCUUUUGAUGAUAUGGAUGGAAAAUAUCGCAAAAGUGUAAGUUCGACAACUUCCAGUGCUAGUGCUGUGAGAAGAAGGCGUGGUAAGACAGACCAUAACAUCAUUGAAAAAAAAUAUAGAAGAAAUUUAAACGAUAAGAUGCUGAAAUUAAGAGACAUGGUUCCAAGCUUAAGAGUGACUCAUAAGAAGAAUUCCAAGGUUCCACUAGACAAUAAAGAUUUUUCAGAUUUAGCACAUUUAAAGCCAACAAGAAAACUGAAUAAGGGGUCCAUCCUUACGAUGACUAUCGAAUAUAUUGAAUACUUGCAAGAACAAAAUAAAGAAUACAAGGUCAUCAAUGAAAAACUACGAGAGCAAACUGGGAAAAAUCCUGAAUCAAAAACCAAUGCGAGUAGUAAUAUCGUAUCACCAAUAGCAGAUAAUUCUACAGGAAAGCAAUCCUUAAUGAGUAAUAGCAGUACGGCAACGUCUAAUGAAAACUUCUUUAGAGAAGCAGAAACUAUAUGUUCAAGAAGUUCAUCUGUCUCAACAUAUUCUCCAGAGGUUAUGGCCAGGACAACAAAUUUAUUGGAUACAUUAAUGGAUGAGAAGCCAUUAUAUUCUAACACAUACCAGAACUGUGCUGAGAAUGGACGUGACAACAAUAACCAGAAUAGUAAUAAUGUGAAUGGUUUGGAGUCAUUAAGAAUGGAGUCUCUUAAAUUCGAACCAUUAGUGCAAACUUUUGGGUUUCCAAAUGGCGGAAAUUAA